UUUCUUCACGGUACUGUUACUUCAUUUUAGACAUUUGUUAAACCAGUCCUGUAGUUGAUGAUGUUGUCACUCUUGUAGAUCCAUCAUUUUACCACCAUUAAAAAAUAACCAUCACCAUCAGUAUCACCUAAAUAUCACCUAAAUUUCAGUCAUCAUUUAUCAUUAGUUUUUAAUUGUUACCUUCUUUUGUCAAACUAUGACCUCCAUCUUAGGACAAUAUCCAAUCAACCCUUUGCUUACCGACGAAAGGUCCAAGUCUAGUUUUAAUAUCGAAAAGUUGACUUAUUUUCUUGAAGGUGAUCAAGAAAAAACUCUUAGACGUCGAGAGUUAGAAAAAAAGUUUUAUGAAGAUGAAUUUCCAAGUGAUUUGAUAAAAGUUCCCGUUGAUUAUUUGGAUCAUUCUGAAAUCUAUACCGAAGCAUUGAUUAAAGCGGCCAGAAUUUACUUCGAAGCAUUUAAUCUUGAAGAUCCUCGUGAAGUGCUUGGAAUCGCCGAUGCUUAUCAUUAUGAAGCUUCACCUUUACUUUUACACUUUGCGAUGUUCAUUCCAGCCUUAAUGGGACAUUGUAACGAUGAACAACAAGCUCGAUGGUUACCUGAUGCUAUCGAACUUAAAAUUAUCGGUACUUAUGCUCAAACCGAAUUGGGCCAUGGAAGUUAUCUCAAAGGUUUACAGACUGAAGCGAUUUAUAAUCAUUCAGAUCAGACAUUUACUCUUAACUCACCGAACCUUGAGUCUAUCAAAUGGUGGCCUGGAGGAUUAGGUAAAACCGCUAAUCACGCAAUUGUCCAAGCUCAAUUGUUCGUUGAUGGUGUUUACCGGGGACUUCAUCCGUUUAUUGUUCAAAUUCGUGAUAUGGAAACUCAUGAGCCACUUUCUGGAAUUGAGGUUGGUGAGCUUGGACCAAAGUUCGGAUUCAAGGCAGCCGAUAAUGGUUAUCUCAAGUUAUCCUCGGUUGUUAUUCCUCGAACCAAUAUGCUGAUGAAAAACGCUUUCAUUGACGAGAAAGGAUGUUACCAAGCUAAAGAAGCAACCGAUAAGCUUAACCUUGGGACGAUGUUGUUUGUUCGUGUGAUCAUCAUUGACAUGAUGUCUUUCAACAUUUCGAAAGCGGCCACAAUAGCGACAAGAUAUUCAGCCAUUCGUAAGCAAGGUCCAAAUCCUGAUUCAAACAAUUCAAGUGAAAUGAAGAUAAUUGAUUAUUCAGCUCAAAGGUACAAGUUAAUUCCGUGUAUCGCUUUAUCGCACGCUUGUAAAGCCGUUUUCAUCUCACUAAUGACCGCUUUCAAAGAUGUCAACGAGAGCAUGUCGAAAAGAGGUGAUUAUGGAUUGAUACCUUUACUUCAUGCAAUGUCUUCUGGUCUUAAAGCUUUGACCACUGACCUUGGGGCAGCGGCUGUUGAAACCUGUAGACGAGCUUGUGGAGGUAAUGGAUUCCUCCUUGUUUCCGGAUUACCACGAAUCUUUGCCAAUACGGUGGCUGCGUGUACAUAUGAGGGUGAAAACACCAUUUUGUAUCUUCAAACAGCUCGUUAUCUAUUCAAAAUGGUUCGAACCUCGACAAACAAUACUAAUCACGCCAACGAUCAAACGGUUUCCACUUCUAUUGGUUAUCUUUAUCGAGUUACAAGGCCGAAUAUUGGUAAUCUGGGAAAAAGCGAAGGACGAAUUGUUAAUGAUGUUGAAGGUCUAUUACGAUUGUUUUCUGCUUCAGCUUAUUACCACUGUCAUCGAGCUUUCGAUCAAGUUGAAUGUCGAAUGAGAAUCCAAGGACAAUCAUAUGAAAAGGCUUGGAUCGAGUGUCAAAAUGAUCUUAUCAAAGCGGCAAAAUCUCAUCUAAUCUACUAUAUGUUAACCAAAUACUGGGAUUGGGUCUCGACAGCGGAUAAAUAUGAUGCCACAAUUGCCUCGCUUUUACGACGAUUGGCCUGUUUUUAUUUCGGUUUCACGAUUGUUGAAAGUAAAGGUGAUUUCUUGGCGGUUGGAUUGGAUCUAAAUUCAAUUGAGCAAAUUCAAGAUGAAUUAUCAACGCUCAUGACUGAAUUACGACCUGAUAUGGUCUCUCUCGUCGAUGCAUUUGAUUUACACGAUAUGGUUCUUAUGUCAGCUUUAGGUUGUAAGGAUGGUAAUGUUUAUGAGCGUCUAUUUGAUUUGGCAAAAAAAGCUCCUCUCAAUCAAGUUGAUCCAAACCCAUCGUUCAUCAAAUACAUCAAAGACUUAACCAAAUCAAAACUUUAAUUAACUUGUAAAGUUUAAUUUUCCACAUGGAAUCAAAACUCUCAACAAUUUAAUCUCAUCUCUAAUCAUCACAUAAUUAUCACAAUCUAAAUCUAUAUCAUAUAUAUAUUUGUUAUCAAUUUCAUGAGAAAAUUAUUUUUAAUCAAAAA